AAGGUAAAACAGCUGACUGUGUUUUGAAGUCAGAGCAGGUCGAGACAAGUGACAGAAAAAAUAUUUAAAGAACAUAAAUCCCUAACAAAUAUUAUUUACAAUGAAGGACUGAAUAAAAUCUGUAGUUAAGUCGAUGGUUAGUUGUUAGUACAAGAAGUGUCUCAGAGAUAUGAUUUUGUCGAAGGUUGAGGUUAUGGCGCAUCUCAGGAUAAGGAAAAUUCCCUGUCAGACGGCACAAUUGCUCAAUUUGCGAUAUUUAUUCACAACAUUCUCAAGGCACAAAUCAUCGAAGAUGAUUAUGAAGCGAGUCAUGAGGGAAAAUAAAAUACUCUUUGGUAAGUUACUUGAAACCAAGCAAGAAAAGCUGAAAAAAUUAAAGUCGAUGGUACACGAAGAAUCAUAUUCGAUAAAUAGGAAGUCUGAGGAACCCAGUCAGAGUACGGAGUUAGCUUGGGUAUUAAAUUCACCCUAUGGAUGGGUUCAGAAAAUUAAAAAACCUCUGCCAGUUACUCAAACUUCUAAAACAGUUUUAAAGGUUUCGGCGGAAAGGAACGGCUUCAUACCCCGUUCUGUUAAAAAAUAUAUCAAUGAAAGCAGUGACCCGAGUACGAUUGGGACGUGUACUGUUGUUUCUGAAAAUGUUAAAUGUAAUAAUGUUUCUGCACUGCCCGAGGUUAGUGAAACUGAAAAAUUAAGUGUAAUCUGUGAAGGAAACGCAGCUGUGAAUAAAAACGAGGAUUUAAGGAAUGGGCAAAAUAUAAGUACAGUUGAAGGUUGUAGUUUAAAUUCUUCAACUCCUAAAGCAAUUAUUGAGCUUCCAAAUACUGCAACCGAAGGAUCAAAUUUAAUGCAUGAAGAAAGUACAAAUAUGGCAGAGAAUGUAGAGUUUGCAUCCAAAGAUAUUAAGUCUGAAAGUGUGCCAGAAGAAGACCUUGUAGUACCAUUGAAAGCGAGUGAGAGUAAUCAUACCAAUACCUCGGAAAUACCCAUUCAUAAAAAGUCGAUUCGACCCUUAAGUGAUAUCAUAAUAAAAAACAUAACUUCCUUUUCGAUUUUCACUAAGAAUAAGAAUAUAUCGGUACCGAUCGACACCGCCUCAGAAGUAAUAACCAUACCUAAUGAAAAGCACAAAUCUUAUGCCAGUUUACCAAGUGUUACACAUAUUCUAAAUGAAUCAUUGUCGGAAGAAUCCAAAUUGCGAUUAGACACAUGGAAAAAAAAUAUGAUUCUCAGCUUAGGGGAGGAAGGCUUUGAACGCUAUCAAAGUGACUUGUUCAUGCAUGGCAGAAUGUUACAUUCUUCGAUAGAGAACACUUUGCUGAAUAAGGUAGUCGAAGUACCCGAACCAAUUCAAGGAUCUUUCGACAGCAUAAAAAAUAUCUUAAAGGACGUGAAUUCUGUAACAGCGGUUGAGACAUUAGUCGUGCAUCCAAAAUUACAGUACAAGGGCAUUAUUGAUUGCGUAGCAUUUUACAGGGGAAAGUUGUGCGUAAUCGACUGGAAGAAAUCCGAGAGACCAAAAUUGACAAUACACGACACGUAUGAUGCUCCAUUACAAAUAGCCUCGUAUAUUGGGGCACUAAACGCAGACGGCAAUUAUCCCUUCGAGGUGUCAAAUGGUCUAGUCGUCGUGGCAUACAACAGCGGAGCCCAAGCGAGCGUACACGAGAUUAAUCAAUUCACAUUACAAAUGUACUGGAAGAUGUGGCUGAAGAGACUGCAAACAUACUACACAGAAUUUAACCAAAAAAAGGAAUAAUGGUGAGGCGACUAGAAAAGGAGGCCAGCCAAACCGGAGGGAAAGAGGGAGCGCGAAGCAGCCCUAACGAGAUCAUAUCUUGACCGCCUGGGGCCUGAAACAACAUACCGAAUUACCGGCGUGCGGAAAUGGAACAAUUACCGAUAACGACGUCUCGCCCCCUUGAUAGUGCAUCGUGAGUGACGUCUCAAUUCCGCGGAAACGCCGGAAUGGCAGGACCGAUCGGAGGGAAAUUUCACCGUGGAAUUUCGAUCGGGACCCUGGAAGAGGAUCGUUAAGGCGGGACCAAGGAUUUUUAUUCAACUUUUAAAAGCGAGGCAUAAGAACGAGGUGAAGGCUUUAUCCUUCAUUUAUUCCUAGAUCCGUUGGGGAGUGCAGCAGGAUCCUGACGAAAGACGCUUAUAUGUCCGGAUUAGCGGGUCGGCUCAUCCUAGAGCCCGGGUCCUAAAUCUUGACGCUAAUCCACCGUUCAACCGAGACAUAUUUUCAUAAGGGGUGCGCCUCCCUCUUCUCAGUUUUUCGGACCACCCCUGGAGUCAUAGGCGCGGAUAAACCUCUUUGGGCUGGUCCGAGCGAUUCCUCUUCCGAGGAGAGCCGCAGGCCAGGCGGAUGCUGGGUCGAAUCGGCGAUUUAUCUCGAUGCAAAACCCCCCGUGGAAACGCGUCCUAGGUCGAUGCUAGGCGGGACGUCCCGGCUAAUGUACAGAGCCCUCGGCUGAAAAUGGAUCUUUAUAAAGUGCGUCGAGGGUGUGCAUUAUUACCCCCGGGGUGAGUAGGACUAUUCAUACUUUCGGGGAAACGCCCUCCAUACAGAAGUGCCCGCAAUCGAGGCCUGCCCGAACGGCCCCGAACUUUUCCGAACAUUAACACGAAUUUGAAUUUCAUUGCCGAGCCGGAACCGGUAAUUAGCUCCUGCAAAAACAUGACUAUCUCGGGGGAAUUUAUUUUCCCUGGUAGGUAUUAUUUCACGAUGAGAGGAUUUAUUCACCUGGUGCUGGACGAGAUCUAAUUCGGCAGGAAUUGGGUUAAAAAGGGUUAUUCUUCGGGGCUGUUGACUGGAAAGAGGCGUGAGCAAAAUGAUUGCAAGAUUGCCGCCAUUUUGGUCGCGCUUUAGACGUCGAGUGGAAUGCUUUUUGGUGAAAAUGUAAAAACGUGAAAAUGUGAAAAUGUGAAAAUGUGAA